AUGGUCGAAGCAGCCGGUGACGACGAGAAGGAGCUAGCGGCUCAAAUGGCAGCCGAAUUUCUCAACGAGGAUCUCUCUGAGCAACAGUUUGGAGCCCCUAAGGCAGGGCCUGGCAUGUGGGCCUCUAUUUUGCGCAUGCUGGACCCAAUAAAGGUACCCUAAGAUGGGACUUGUUGCUGAGAGAAGAGCUUGCGUAUAGUUUACCGCUUACGGCAAAACAGGUUUAUUACGAUCGUGGCAGCUCCCUUUGUUAAUUUACUUGUUCUUGAAUUCUUGGCAAUGAAAACCACUAUUUUGAUUUGAAAAACACGGUGAAGGAAACGUUUCGUGGAGGAGUGUUUUUUCAGUUGGUCAUUGUGUGCAAGACAAAUUUUGGACACAUCUUUUUGUUCUGAAAGGGUGCGGAGCAAGGGUCUCACCAGUAUGGCCUGGGUUCCAAUCCCGCAGGCAACGCCAUAUAUGGUGUGAGUUUAUUGUUGGUUCUCGCCCUUGCUACAAGAGGUUUUUCUUAGGGUAUUUCGGUUUUUUCUUCUCCUCAAGAACCAAUAGUUUCAAAGGCCCAUUCGAUCGGGAAUCAUAGACGAAGAACCGCUAAUCUGAAUGUGUUGCCUCCAGAUUGUUACUUAUUUAUUUUUUAUCCAUCCACCCAUCCUUCCGUUUUUCCGUCCGCCCAUCCCUCCCUUCUCCCCUCUGAAGCUCAAAAAUCGCAAUUUUCUUUGUAGGGUGAAACAGUUGAUGAGGUUCGUCUGGAACAAAAUGAAUCUGCCGUCAGGUUUGUGUCGUCUUCACACUGUAUUACUGUGCUGUCACGUUUUUGUUGUGUUCGCUCUGUACUACCUCUUCAGUGAUGAGUGCAAUACACUGAGUCGUUAUAGGUGUUCGACAUUUUCAAGUCGAUGCAUUUAGUAUGUGCCAGAAAGACGACAGAAACGUGAUAAAGAUGAGACACUUGCUACGUUAGAUUUCUUCUUUUCUGAAUGUCUAAAAAGAAUUUACUUUUGUAAGGUUUACUGGUUUGCUAGUCCACUCAUUUUGUGUAAUAUUGAUGAAGGAGUUGUUUUGGAUCAUUAUGAAGUGCUUUUGCUUGACGAUGACUGAUAAUCGUAACCAUUAAAUGCAGCUCAUAUUAUCGCAGAAAACAGGCAAGCAAGCCUUGUUACUCAUGCCAGCUACAUGCCUCUUGCAGAUUGUUGCAACUCACUAUAUGUAAUAUUAUAUUUCAGUGUGUGCGUGUGUAAUUUUACGUGUCGUCCUGAUGAGACUUAUGCGCUAGUUGGUACCGCAAAGGACCUGACUCUUAACCCGCGGUCAUGCGCAGGAGGUUUCAUUCACGCUUACAAGAUUGCUGAACUCAUUGAUGGGGGAUACAAACUAGAAUUUGUCCACAAGGUAAAAUCCUUUGCUCAAUAUGUAUAUGCUUAACUUAAGAAAACAGCCGAGAUUUCCACUGGUUUCCCGCGAAAUUACGUUUGAGAAACGAGCGCAGAAAUAAUGAUUCCAUACUAAUGAAGCGUCACUAACGAGAUCUGGGUAGUGCUUCUGAUUGGCUGAAAAUUUGCUUCACUCCUUUGUUAGACGUCAUUUUGCGGCGAAACCAGUGGUCGCGUUGGGAAAUUUCGGCUGUUUUCUCAGGCUAGUAAAUGCUUUGUCUCAAAGAUUUGCCAAUAUCUCAGUAGAAGGGAGUGUCAGGCGGGUUAUGGUGAACUGAACGUGAGGCAUAAUUAGACUUUUUUGUCGAGUUAUGGAAAAUAGUUUUGUGAUGGACAGAGUGAUUUUACUUGUAAACUCUUGACGAUUUCUGCUUAUUUUAUUUUUCAGACCGAAGUGGAUGAUAUUCCUGGAGCUCUAGCGCCUUUCCAGGUGGGCAAAUAAUUCACUAUUUUUUUUUCUGACGUACCGUUCCUAAAAAUUUCUUUUCGGCUUUAGGUUCCAGUUGCGUUGACUCUAUUCGGGCUUAACGUAACCUUUGUGACUGAGCGCCUUGUCGCUAUGCUGCAAUUAACGGCUCUAUAGGGAGAAAGUAGGUUGCGACACAAUGGAAUCGUUUAACACUGCUGUUUCGUCCAGCGAGAAAUGUUUAAAGCAGAUAUUUUUUAUUGUAGGGUCGCCUUUUAGCUGGUGUUGGACGCCUGUUGAGAAUUUAUGAUCUUGGGAAAAAGAAACUUCUUCGUAAAUGCGAGAAUAAGGUAUGAUAAGCUCUAUUUCGCGCCGUUAGCCUCCAUUUGAAACAUGCUCGUGGCAGGGGGUUAUUACAUUGGAAGCAAUAGACUGCAGCUAAAACUAAAGGAAAACGCGUUCACACGGAGACCCAGAACCUGCUUCAGGGUCUUCAUGGCCCCCACCUUGUACUACCCUUGCUUGCGAGUACUGGCAAAGGGAGUGUUCACAUUGUCAUAAAUACUCCCGGCCAGCGGCACCGUACCUACACACCAAGUGUGAACCCAGCCUUAGACCCAGAUCCGUUAAACACUAUUAUGUUUGUUACAUGUUGCAAACUACCAUGACCAGAGAUAAUAGUGAAACAAAUGGCAACCGCCAUAGUAACUCUGUAGUUUUUUCUGUACUAAUCCAAGACUGUGGACGGUGUUACUGUGUUGGCAUUAAGGCUAUUUGGUAUUAAUCAUAGUAAGACAAGACGUGAUUAAUUUGUGUGUUGCUUCGUAGAAACUGCCAAACUUUGUUAUGGGGCUUAACACCAUGGGGACGCGUAUUAUUGUAAGCGAUAUUCAGGAGUCCUUUCACUUCGUCAAAUAUAAGGCUCGGGAAAAUCACCUGGUGAUAUUUGCUGAUGACGUCAAUCCAAGGUAAUUUGAGAUGUAAUUCUGCGUAUUGAGGUGACAUCUACUUGGUUGUGGACUUAGCAGGUGUAAUAUAUGUGCUUUUUACUCUCAAUUUGAUAAUAAUUUCUGUUCUAGUUCCGUUUCGAUAACAGUUCGAGGGAAGAACCUUAAUUACCCAAACCCAUCGUUACUCGACGGGACAGUGAGCUACCAAAAAUAUUUAAGGCCCGGGUAGGCUGAAACAGCAUACUUAUUAGCCCACGUUCGAUAUAUUGAAGCCCUAGGAUUUCAAUUCCCAUGGAAAACAUUUUUUCAAUUCCGUGCCCAGAGAUCAUGAGAAACCAUCGGUAACAAUUUUUUGGUUGCGUGAAAAUUCAUGGGAACCCAUCCCCUGAAUGUUUUAAAAUUUCAGUCAUAUAUUUUUUUUCUUGGCGGUGGAAGCCAUAAACCAUGUAUAAUGCUUUUUGGGAAUGAUUCAAGAUGGAACUGAUAGAUGGUAAACAUUUUAUUUUCAUAUAUGAGUCGUCACUAAAGAAAUGCCCCACUAGUGACAAAAAAUAAAUGUAUCCCUAAGACUGAAAAUGUCAGUGGGAAACUAUUUUUUGUUUCCGUUAUUUUAAGACCACGGUAACAACACGGUACCGGAAACUUUCAUUACCGUGAAAUCCUAGGGCUUGUGAAUAAAUAAAUAAUAUCGAAAUUCUAAUAUGACUCCGAGGUUUCAUGGUCAUUUUUCUAUAUUUGGUUUGGUUUUCUUUGUACCCAAGUGUCCUCUGGGAAUUGCGAGACAAUGGAGUUGUAAAAAAAUUGCAUUUUUGUCCGUAAAGCCUCGAUAUCGAACGUGGGCUAUUGAAUUCGAAAACAUUCGUCUAAUCACUUAAAAAAAUGGAGUUUUCUUGAGCAGAUUCACUAGUUUCGUGUAGGCGGAAUGCCGAUUCUUAUAUAAAAUAAAGCUGUUUCAAAAAUAUCUGGACUCGUGCAGACGGGGCCGAAAUUUUUGCUUCCUAAUAUUUAUCUACAGGAUAAAAACAAAAGGGUUCUUUAGGGCUGAAUUGAGCAAGUUGUAUAGGAAUAAAAUGAAAGAUUUCAAGGAUUGUGUGUAGAGAACAAUCUAAUGGUUGAUUUUUUUCGUUAAGGAGUCUCCGAAGUCAAAAUUGCCAUUUAUUUUUAACCUUGAAAUGAAUUUUGUUUGCGUUCCGAUCUUUGAUUUCUUAUCCUUUCCUAGUAGUUUAAAGAUAAGACAUUCCCAUACCAGAUUUUCCUUUCUCGCUUCUUAGUGAAAGGGUGGUCACUGUGAGAGACCUUGGCGAAGAAAAAAUACAUUUUUCAUUUAUGGGUUGUUUUUAAAUCGUUGGUAUCAAAGAUCAAAGAACCGGUUCUGUAAUGGCGAGUUUCGACAAUCGUCUUUUUAUUAUAAACUAAGCGCCAUUUUGAGACGGAAAAGAAAGAGAGGUUAGAAACUCUUGCAUUUAUGUUCUUAAGGUUUACUUAUUGCAAGUUUAAUUUUGAUUAUAGGUUUUAAUGUGCUGCGACAUUAUGUCAUCAAGCACCCUUAUUACCCAUCUCAUUGCAAAUGACGCUGCCUUCGACUUGUCUUAAACCAUGGUUCGCACAGGGCUUGAAAAUUCCCUGAAAAAGCAUCAUGUCCGUGAAUGAAUAGUCUUUAAAAAUUGAAAAAUUGUGGAAUAUCGUUGAAAAGUCCUUGAAUAUUUUUGAAAGCUCCUUGAAUAAAAUAACCUUUGUUAAACAAAGUGUUUUGCGCAAAGGAAAGAUUGAAAGCACAGCAGUACACAAAUUUUCUUGGUGGUCAUGAAAGUAUGUUUUCUUAUGUUUUCAAUGUUCCCGGAAUGGUUAAUUUUCCGUUAUUUGAAGUACCCUAGUAACCGUGCCUUCCUGGGGGAAGGUACUGCAAUAAGAAAUCUCCCCUCUACCUACGAAUUUGAAAGGUUUUUAGUUCAUGCAAUUCUAUGUCAAAUUACAGGGAAAAAAGUCCUUGAAAAAAUUGUCUUACUCCUUAAAAAGUCCUUGAUUUUUUCCCCCCGAAUUUUGUAUGAACCAUGUAAACUCACCGGUGACGAAAAACAAAAAAGUCAACACAAUAGAACCUAGAAAAACAAAAGGUGUAAAACCUCUAAACCUAAACCUAAACCAAAACCGCUAAAUUGUUUUCCUCUUGCAUUCCCGCUAUCGGAUGUUUACAAGUAUAAAUUUGCAUAAAUGUAAUGAGGCAAUUACAAAAUCUAACAGCCCAACCCCGCUAGAUAUGAAACCGAACUACUUUGUGGAUAAAGCAAAGGUGUUCCCAUAUACUGAUGCUCAAACUGGCACGUUUAAUGGGGUUGGGGCCAAUGACUUAACGAUGGUUCAAGUCCAGCAAAAUAUAUUAAAAAUUAGUUGACUGAGGCGAGUGUAGAAAAAGCGGCACUGAAUCAUAUCUGUGGAGAACUGGUGCCCAUAUGACUAUUUCUGCCAAUUUCUCGAUGAAGUGUCGUCAGAGAUUCAGUUUUUUUUCCCUUAAUUAAAGAGUCAUACACUCCCUUGUAGAUUUCACUUGAAAUCAUCUUGGUGUUGGUCAUCGUUAAUAGAAAACUUACCUGUGAGAGUAUUUAGUCACUAUCUUACUAAUGUUUUCUUUCAAACCUAGCGUUUUAACUACAGUCUCUUCUAGUCAUUUCAACUGAAGACUCAGUCUUAAACAGCUAGUGUAUAGGUACUUUUGUCGUGCGUUUUUCCGAAGGUUUUACUCAGAUCAAUUAAUCGAGUAAGAUCAUUGACCUAAAAGCUCAGAGCAACAGUACUUUCUCAUUUCACUUGUCGUGAUACUGUAUGCGGUUGGUUUUUACGCUGUUUUUACUUUUCAACACUAUUUUUCCAUGGUUGACGCUAAUGAAAAAAGGGACAUCAGUGUCAAACCAGAGUGGUUGUAAUGACUUCGUUGCUUCCAUCCAAGCAUUGUUCUCUUUCUAUCAAUGAUUGGAGCGCUUUUCGGAAGUCAUUCUUAAAAAACGUAUAAAGAAGAGGGUUGAUAAGUGCUGUACUGAAUUUUAGAACCACAAAUAUUAUGGUUAGAGCAAAGGGGAUACGAUUUAUGUACUCCAGAUCCCACAGCAGAGUAAAGAUAAAAUAUGGGAACCAGCCAAGGACAAAAGUUACCGUCAUUAUCACGUAAAUGAUCGCCGCUUUCCGAUCGUUUUUUCGACGUUUUUGUUGUUUUUCGAGAGGCUUGCUUUCCGUGAGAGCUUGACGCAUUUUCUUUUCUUUGUGAAUGUAGUAAAAAAUGUGACCAUCGAUGCAGGCAAUUAUAGAAAAUGGCACAAAAGCUAAUGCCACCAAGCAAAAUAUGGCAUAGGCAAUGUCUAAUCGUUUGAUUUUUUCUUCCCGUGGUCCUGUAAUCCAGGCGAGUUGAAUAAAAGAAGCGCCACAAGAGAAAAGCCACACGCCAAGCAAUAACAGCAAUACUCGUCGUUUUGUUACUACCAUGUUGUAUUUAAACGGUCUCUUGAUUUUAAAAUAGCGCUCUGACGUUGCUACCAGCAAGUGGAGAAUGGUAGAAAUGGAGAGGAAUCGCUGGCAUAAAUCCAUGCUGGUACAUAUUUCGCCCACGAGUGUCGUUGAACAUGCUAGAACAAGCGGUAGAGACACGAGACCGGCAAGGCAGUCACCCGCCGCCAGACUAACCAAGCAAUAGUUGGUUCUUGUACGUAGAUACCGCGUGCUGAUGAAUAGCACAAACACAAGGGAGUUGGCGCAUAUUAUAAGCACGCUUUGUAAAGUUAAGAAGACAAUCACCGCUUGUCCUGUCUCUGUUUGGUGCAAAGCUCUUCCUGUCUGUUCCAUUUCAAGCGAAACAUUGUCUUUUUCCUUUGCUAAAUCUCUCCCGUAAUUUCUCGUUACGUUGUCCAUUUAACUUUCUCUUUUUUUUCACUGUUAGCUGUCAACUCUGCCGGUUCAACACCUGUAUUCUAAAACACUGUUUUUUUCUUAUGAAGAUGCCGUUUGUUGUUGCGUUGGUCAAAGGUUACACCCUGUUAUAAAACACACCAGAAAAUGAAUAAAUAGAAUGCGUUAGCUUGUGCUAGUUUGUUUUGUACAAAGGACAUAAAUCUUAUUACCUUAAAAAGUCUUGAGACGUUGUUUUCUUGGAAAUAGAUUCUAGACUGAGCGCAGUUUAUUGUUUCUUUUUAACAUAUAGUCCUCAUGGCGACUAAUAUCAUCUUGUGCAAAUUUUUGCAAAUAAAUUAGGGAGAAUGUUUACCUUGUCACCCCAAAUCGAUGAUUGUCUAAAUGUGUUGGUUGCUUUUCUUUUAUCGCUCGAAAAUCAGUUUUCUUGGUGACAGUUUUCAAUGAGUGUAAGAAGUCUGCGUUUUGUGUAGUAAUCUUCAAAACUGGGGGACAAUAUCACACGUUGUUAUCUUUUUAUGGAGAUUUCCGCUUUAAUUUAAAGAUAUUCUCCCUUCCUGUGCUUUGUUUCGUAUUUUAGUUGCACGCUUUUGUUCUGUUUGUGUCUUGCAAUUACCUUCAUCCUACUAAAAUGUGCUUUUCAGAGAAUUUACGCGGUUUAAUGGUCCAGUUGUACACUCAGUAAAGUGAUUUUCCGUUUUUCUCUGCGUUGACCUGGUAAUUUGUCACUUGAUUUUAACAAUUGGAAUCCAGGUGCAACAGUGCAAAAAACGAAUAAAUCGAUCGCGGGAAGCAAUUAUUUUGCAUUUGGAAAGCAGUCACACAUAUUCCAAGUAAAGUAAAUAAAAUAUAAUUUCCGAAAAUUAGAAAAAUGGCGAUCUCGUUUUUUCGAGGUUUUCUUCAAAUUUCGCUCCACUUAAAGAAAAUGUGUUAAUAUUUGUAGCACUUAAUUCGUGUAGAAUAGAAUCUUGUACAGUAGAAUUUUGCUUUGCUUUAUGAGAGUAACAUCAAAGGCUUUAUGCUAGAAAAUUCGCCAAACAUUUACUUUAAUCUGAAAUCGUUUUAAUUUCUCCCGAAAUGGACCGUGUCUUGUCAGAUAAAGGGUUAAUUUACACGUCAAACAACGGGGAUGACAAUUAAACUAGUUCAAGUGUUUUUCUAAAGCUUUCCUUGCAAAGUAGAAAUUGAAAUUAUUUCGUGUUUUUUUCUGACUGGUUAUCAAGAACGUUUUGGUAAGGAAUGAGUAUUUUUUUAUAGUUGCAUUAGCUGUUCUGUUGAUUUAAAAAUGCUGACUGUUUGAAUGCCAAGUAGUUAUAUUUUUCGUAAGCUUCUUACCAUUUUUAUUCUACUAUUUUAUUGGUAGGUCCUUAUUGCUUUCUCACGGUGGCUUUCCGACUUUAAAGCUGUUAUUGGGCGUCUUGAGUUAAAAACAGCCUUUUCAACCUUUUCUUUUCUCUCCAAUUUCUUGAUAACCUGUUGUGCACUGUCUGAUUUUACUUAUCAAAUAAUCGCCUAUUUUCUCGCCCCAUUAAAUUUGUAUCAUGCUGCAAUUGUGCCCAACUGCUUAACGCCUUCAGACGGCACUCUUUUAGCUCCGUAUAUUGACUUCACAUUGGUGCCAGUUGCGAUAUAGUUUUUCUUUUUUUCUGUCAUUUACAUAUCCUUUGUAAAAAGCACUGACAAUGUGACAGUUUUUCAUGGCACUUGAAGGCAGCUGUGUUGGAGAGCUUUCUUUCCAUUAAGUGUUUGUUUGCAGAAGGAAAGUGAAGAGAAGUGCGUUCAAUAGUCCUAUAUGUUGUACAGACUGAGUAAUAAAAAUAAGAGAUACUAAAAACCGAUUUUCAACUUUCAUAUCUAUUAGAAUUAUAUUGAUUUCUGGUAAGUGAACCGUAUAGCGCGCGUAUCACUAGUGAACUUACACAACAGGACGGGAGAGGAACAAAGACGGCAAACCUUGUGUUGGAAGCGUGACAAUAACUUUUGGCCAAACUUCACUCUCCUUUAAACCAUAGUUAGUAGAUGAGACUGGUUAGGAAACCCGGCAAACAUCAAAGUUGAAAGUAAUGGUGCUUUAGGUUAUGUUGGAAGCUCCCUGACUGUGCACAAUCCUUUUUUUCUGUUCACAAAUUCUGGCUGAAUAAAUUAAUGCAAUGUUUCUAUUGGUCAAUAACUUCAAAAUGAUAGGAAUGCUAUUGAACGUUGUGCACGGUCAGGUACAAAAAAGCUGACAAAAACCUAUAACAAAGGAUUUCCCAACCUUUCCACUUUAAUUAACUAUUUUUAAACAGAUCUCUUUGUUAUGACCAGAAAACAGUAAUGUUAAGUUAAGAUCACGACGAAACACGCAAGUGAUAGCCCUGUCAUGUUGGUCACGCGCAAGCGUUAUGCCGUCCUCUUCCUCCUGCCGUCCUGUUCCGUAAACUCCUUACUAAUUAAGGAUAACAACUUUAGCUCCAGUUAAGUUUGAUACUGUCAUUGGUCAUAGUCAACAGUCGCCCGCCCCAUGUAAGGUUAUCCGGAUUCCAGAAUCCUGAAAUUUUUUGUUUGGUGACUCUGGAAUCCCGGCUGGAAAUUUUUUCUCGUGGAAUCCAGAAUUGAGCUCAAGGAUCAGAAUCUUGACAAUUGGAAUCCGGAAUCUGGAGUCCAAGUUCCACUGACAAGGAAUUGAGAAUCCCGUACCUAGAAUCGUGGAAUCCGGAAACCAAUCUUACCUUGCAUGGGGUGACAACGUCUUUUUGUGUUGUCUUACAUGAUGCUCUUAAGCAACAACAACAAAAACAACAAUCUUUAUUGUGCUCUUGAUACAAAAGAAAAGCUUUAGUCAUAACUUUCAAAGCCUCUGUUUCAUACCUGACUCCGUGAUUACCCUGCGAAUACAGCUGUCUCUCCACGAUCUUUGCCGCGAAACGUCCCUGGCCGCGUAUUCACAGGUUACUCUGUAAUUUCAAUGCAUCUUUUAGUGAAUAAAUGGCUUUCGUGACUGAAACCAUUUGAACAAAUCGGAGGCUCUUUUUGGCAAGAAUGAUUUUGAUUUCUGGUCAAUCAACUUAGAAUUGUUUGGGAGUGUUAAUCCGAGUCGAUAGCUAGUAGAUUUGACGUUAAAAACAGGUCGUUUGUAGACAGUGUGGAUAUCAGUUUUGAGGUAUCGUAUCGCGUCGUAAUAUCGAGUGAAUUUGGAUAGUUAUCGGUUACUGGGCUCUGAGUCAAUAGCCCAUGAGGCCGAAUUGUUUUAGUAAAAUCCAACUAGUUGGUCAAAAAAAAUUAAGCUGGUUAAAGCUAGACUUUAAUCCUUUUUUGCCGCCAAAAAGCGCGCGCCUUUCGCUACUAGUAGGCUUUAACAUAUAGCCUAGUAGUAGCUCAACCAAUCAGAACGCAGCAUUGAUAAUAGACCACUACUUGGAUUUUAGUAAAACCUAUUAUGCGUGGCUACUGACGACUAGGUUGUUGACCAGUACUGUUACACAGUUAAGCGCUUGUUAUCUUCAUUUUACUAAAAUAGGUUCGAUCAUUUUUCAUUUUAGCCACUGUAAUGGUAAAAAGAUACCUAUAAAUUCGUAAAUGAAAAUGCCACCUCGGGACACCUCAGCAACAGCCGUCUACAUGGAGCGUUUAAGCUGUUUUCUCGUUUGGAAAUGCAUUUUCCUUAUUUUAUGUUUCAUUGUUUGUUGGUGCAUGGCAGUAAUUAUUCAACGUUUAUUUGUGCGACUGUAAUUUAUUUACGGUGAAACUCGUACGUUUUUUUCCUCCAGCCGUUCGCACGAAAUUGAUUGACUGCUCCGUAUUUUAUUUUUUUUUUGUCUUUCACGAUUAAUUUUUAAAUCUCAUUUGACUUUUAAGUGGGGUGGUUACGCAAAUAAAGUUCUUUUACUUGUUCAGUGUAAACAGCUGUGGUUUGCACCCAAUUUUUCCCACCGUUUCUAGAUAAAAAGGAAAGGAUUAAAGCUUACGCCGCCAUGUACGAAAUCUAUUCAUAUAUCUUUCGAAUGCCUGAUGGGUUUUGUAGCUUUCUUUCUCAUGACUGUUUUUUAAAUCAACGCUGCGUUGUUCAAUAAAUCUUUUAAAAUUUUCAGUCUUCCUUGAUUGGGGUACUUUAAACCGGCAAAUGUGGUCUUUUUGACUUGACAAUACAUGUAAAUCUGUUUUUUUGAAAGUGAUUGUCUGCCUUUAACCUCAAAUAAUUUAAUGUUAAGCUUAUAGUCUAUGAGUUACCUGCAGCACAAGAAAGUCAAGCUGUAUCGCUCGGCUAAGUUUCUCUUGCCCUCUGACAGUUGUUGUUCAGCUUCACGCAGUUCAGCUCUGUCUUGGAAAGAUAUAAUUGCGUUGGUGUAAAUAUUUGUUUAAACACGCCAAAUUGCCUUUAAUAUCUCCCUGUUUCAGUACCGUCCUGAAUAUUUCCUUUUUAAAAAGAGAUUUUUUAAAAGCCCCGCAGGGCAGUAUUUCCACAACAUUUCAAAAACGCAAUCUUGCUGUGAUUUCAUUUGUGCUUCAUGGGAUAUCUGGUUAAGGAGCCAGUUAAAUUGCAGCUUUCUGGGUUUGUGGCUUCAUAGCAAAUUACCUCUGAGACAAAGCAUCAAAAUUUCAUUAAUGGCAAUUUCGGAAGGUUUUACGUUAUGGAAUAUCGCUUUUGUGAUUCCCCUCACUCUUGAAAGUUUCACGUACUAGCUCUUGCUAUAAACAAGUUUAGCCAAAUACACUUGAAACCCACACGGGAUAGGUGCAUGGCAAUAGAUACAUUGUAUAUUUCCAAUUUUGUGGUUAACUGGUAAAUUAACGAGGAAGAAGUACGAAUUUCAUUUGUCUCUUGUUCUGAUCACUUUCAAGCUUGCGAAAUAGUAGCCAUUUCAUGCGAGUCUUUUCUAGUAAAGACUAUAAUCUUGGUAGUCUAAAAUCUCAAAUUUGUAACAAAGCAAAAACUUCUACCUGCGCUUGUAAUAUUUUAAUUAGCGACUCGCCCGUGCCAAGAAUAGAAAUCUUCAAGUAUCAAAUAAAAAUGUUUUUUUUUGAUUGGUCUGGUAAAAUAUUUUUCACAACAUUCUGUUUUUUCUUUCCUCCUUUUUUACAGCUUUUGUCACCUAGUCUUAUAUUUUCAGUUUAUUACCUGAUUUUGAUGUUUGGAAAUGUUCUCAAGUGAAUGGGGUACUUUAAUCAAGUUAGGUUUGGGGGAAAAGGUUCUCUCUUUGACCUUGACAUUGAAGCUGAGUUAGCCGGCCUCUUUGUUCUUUGUUUCUCGCAUAUCAUUCGUUGAUUAUAGCAUAGAUUUGUCGCGUGAAUAAUGCAAUACUUUCCGUGCUGUAUCGAUAUUCGCAAGAGCGCUAAAACUUUAACGAUACAGUUUGCACCCUAAAAUAUUCACAGAUAAGCCACUGAACUUCGCUUUUUAAAAGGUUACAUUUGCUCGAGCUGUUUAGAAACAGGAAACAGGAAAAACCUUUUAAAUAUUCCUGCUUUUUCAUCAGCGUGUUUUAACCCUGUUAUCCACACAGAACAAUAAACGUUAUUGUCACCCAAUUUAAGAUGGGUGAUUUCGAAAAUUCAAGACCUUUUAAAUAAAUAAUGGACCAAGUUUGUUACUAAUUGCUGUAUUGUUGCUUUAAAGUACCGACAACUGUCCCUGGCAGAAAAGCUGGUUAGGGUCAAAGGAUUCUAGGUUAAAGUGUUGAUCAAGCGGUUACUCGUAUUCCCUUAAUAAUAAAGAAUGAAUAAACGGCUGUCGCUUUCUCCCUCAUUCAUGCUCUUUCCCGCGUCACCUAAGGUGUUAAAAAAUGCUUUUUGUGGUGUUUGGAGUAUCCACCAUAACGAUUGAGAGGGAGAAGGAAGUAUUUCGUUUCCUCCCCCCUCCCCUAACACAGUUCACCCCGUCUUCUGGCAUUUUUUGCGCCUCUUGCAACAGCAGCUCCUGUGCAGACUACUUUCCGCCUUUUUUGCGUAGUCUGUCGUCUUAUCACGUGUAUCUCUUUUCUGUUUAGGUGGUUAACGUGCUGCAGUUAUCUGGACUAUGAAACGGUAGCUGGGGCCGAUAAAUUUGGCAACGUAUUCGUGGUGAGUACAUCGGGCGGCACUCGGUUGUUAUGAAUACGUGUUGUGACGUUUUAAGUGAAAGCCAAAAUGCGAUUGUUUUCCGCACCUUUUUUUAUUAUGAUGAUGGUAACAGUGAUGGUGCUGCUGGUGCUGGUGAUGAUGCUGGUGCUGGUGCUGGUGCCAGAUAGUCUACAGUAUAACAGUCAUUUUCUAAAUAUUCUGUACGUGAUUUGCUUGUAGAUUCGCCUUGGCGCCAACACGACUGACGAUAUUGAUGAAGAUCCUACUGGCACUAAAGCAUUUUGGGAUAGAGGACUUCUAAACGGCGCUCCGCAAAAGGUAAUGUGCUUUUACGUUGUUGUAUUGUUACGCACUACAUCACUGUUGUUGUCGGCCACCAGUCUUGCUCUCUACUCGAUUUGCGGAAGAUCCAUGGCUUUCGCCCUUUUGGUAUUAUAUGUAAAUCAAAGAUGAUAGACUGUAUCACCGAGUUCUUGGGUGCGGUUCUUAUUUUGGCUGGAGAUUUUGUUUUUCCUUCCGUUGCUCCAUUUCCUUUGAGGGCUCCUGCUGAGAUCGAGCUCGUGAUUUAAUUGUUAAGUCUCUAUUGCUAGGUACGAGCUCAUGACUUUUAGCUGACUCACCCACACUACUCGUUGUUGUGCUAUCGUGUUUCCACACAGGGCUUCUACAGUCUGUAACCAAGCCUCUCUGCCUUGAACUGCCCUUACUUCUUCAUUGAAGGAGACUGCUACUUCUUUUUAAUCUAUGUUGAUUGUGCCCCUCUGACUCAUCCGUUGCCUCUUUGUAGAACCAACCUGAUUAAGGUCUGGCCGUGCGAAAUUUUUGCCUCUUUGCCCUGUUGUGACCUUAUGAUUUUGAUUAGUAUUGAUUAUUAUUAUUAUUAUUUUUUACCCCCAGGUUGAAACUCUGUGUAAUUAUCAUGUGGGUGAAACAGUUCUGUCACUCCAAAAAGCCACUCUUAUUCCAGGCGGAUCAGAGUCUUUGGUGUACACAACAUUAUCCGGUGGUAUCGGCAUGCUGGUACCAUUCACGUCUCGAGAGGUGGGUAUCAGCUGUGACCAACAUCCCUUUUUUCCUAGUAAUAUCAAUGCAUAAUUAAGAGUAAAGGUUGUGAGAAAUGAUAAAAUUAUCACCAAAGGGGAAAUGCUUCGCUCUUUUAUCCAAUUCUCUUUACUAAUUCUUUUAGAAAAUGUAUGGAGAUCAGUUUGGAGAAUUUGAAUGUGGAUAUUGGGGCUUAAAGGGUUAAGUGACAUAAUUUCCGGUGUUACAUGCUACAGUUUACUUGGGUACCUUGCCUUCGGUGUUAAUCACGUAUUGUUAAGAAUGCACUUUAGCCAAUCAGAAGGCUGGAAACAUCUGUGAUAUUUCAAGGCCCACAUUCACCUUAGAUACAUUGUGCGUGGCCAUUUUGAGUGGCCUGGCAACUUUAGUAACAGUGCACAAUCUAAGCUUUCCCAACAAACAACAGCCCAUCAAGACAAAAUGAAGAUAGGCCGGCUAAUGUUCAGUGAUAGUUUUCCGGAUCACAGUCAUAAUGCUGCUGGCCUUAACUAAAUGUUAUGAGGCUGGUAUGGUCUCUCGUAAUUCCUUUCAUAAAGUGACGGAAAAACGUUUUUUUUAGUAUCUUUAUUUACUCUUAAAAUGUAUUUAAAAUUGUCGUAAAUCUUCAGAAGAUCGUCAGAGGUAUAGUGUAGUAAAGUACGUCAUAAAUAGCUGUUCAAUGCUUUCUCCUGUUUCUACUCUAUUUGAUUUGCGUUCAUGAGCUGCACGCUGAAGCCUAGCCAGACGGUCGCGGUGAUCACGUGUAUAUCACGUCAUUUUUGUUUGAUCAUUUCACAGGAUAUUGACUUUUUCCAGCAUCUUGAGAUGCAUUUACGCGCGGAACAGCCGUCUCUUUGUGGCAGAGAUCACUUGUCCUAUAGAUCAUACUACAUGCCAGUGAAGGUUUGCAUCCUCAUUUCGCAGAGUUACCUUCUAUUGACUAUCUGCUACACUGAAACCGGUGUUAAGUGGAAUUCCUAGAGAAAGACUGCAGCAAGGCAAUGGACAGAGUUUAGGAGACAUAAAAAAUACACUUAUUUUCCACAGAGCUGCAAUAUUAUUUUACAGUAGCGCAUGAAAAGAGUACAAAUAUCCCUCUAUAGUUUAUUUCAGUAGUUUGUUAUUUUUACAGUAAGGUGUUCGUGUAAUGCAAAACUAGUUUGACACUUCUCCGUGCUGAAGUCGAAUUUUUUGGUCCAAAGAAAAAUCGUAACCGGUAAUUUUCAUUUUCAAAUUUGAACGGUCUGCUGUUGUGUACAUAGCUUGAAAUUGAUGCAUUUUGUGUUCCAGAGUGUGAUCGAUGGAGAUUUGUGCGAGUAUUUUAACUCACUCGACUCCUCUAAGCGACGUAGUAUCGCCGAAGAACUGGAUCGAACCCCAGCGGAGGUGAAUUUUUUUGUUUGUUCUAUUUUUUUCUUCUAUAAUUUUUAAUCCGCAGACAUCAUUUUGGUAGCCAUACACUAGUUCAGCAUGACGAAACAGCACUUUUUAUCUCUUAGAAGAGCCGCAGUGCAGGAAAAUAUUCUCUUCCUCCUUUAUUCGCUCUUCCGGUAAUUUCUAUUAAUGAUUACUGCAGAACUCACAGAUUACGGGCGGGUGGAAGGUCUUGUCUUGCGGAAAUUAUUAUUAUUAUUCUGUUUAUCGGAAACCCUGGAUACGCUAGUUAUGCAGAUUGACUUUGACUUUGUUACCGUAAACUUCCGAAAAUAAGCGCCGGGACUUAUAUUUUUCAAAGGCCCUUUUUGAGGGGCCUUCUUUUGGAGGGGCUUAUCUAUGGAUGAAAAUUUGCGUCUCAAAAUCGAUUGGGCUAGCCCUUAUAGUUCGAAGUAAAUUUACCGUUUUUGCUUUGUUAUACUUUGUAUUUGAAGGCAAUUUUCCAAUUUCAAGCCCCCAGGGGCUUGUAUUUGGAGGGGCGAUUUAACGGAGGGGUUUUUACGUUACCGGUUUGGGGGGCUUAUAUUUGGAGGGGCUUAUACAUGGAGGGGCUUAUUUUCGGAAUUUUACGGUAACCAUUCACCCACGUUUUUCACCUACAGGUUUCCAAGAAAUUGGAGGAUAUCAGAACGCGAUAUGCUUUUUAG